UCUAAUUCAAGGAAUCAUUAAUGGAAUCUACAAUGCCUUAACACAGACUUGAGAAUAUAUGAGAUGAGAGGCUAUGCUUUCUUCUUAUAUAUAUAUGGUAUUCAUUUCAUUUCACUCUUCAUUCUUCUUCUUCUUCCUUCUUCACAAACACAUAAUCCAAAAUCAAUUCAAAAUCCCAUCUCCAAGUUUUUCACAGAAAGGUUUGAUCUUUCUACUCUUAUUUCUCUUCUCCAACUUUUCCGGAACGUAAUUAAUUAAUUAUUUCUAUUUUUAAUUUGAUAUUCCCAUCCCAUGCCUCUUCUUCUUAUUUUUCUUCCCAAUUCUUUGCUCAUUAACUAUUUCAAGUUUUCAUCUUUUCCAUGAGACUUGCUUUGUUUUUGGUUUUGGUCUAAUGGGUACUUCGAUUUUCAUGUCUAAACUCAAAAACUAUGUUAUUUUCUUAAACAUUUCCUUUCUCAUACUCUGUUCUGCUUUUGCGCUUCUCUAUUUCCACUCCCUUUCACCACCGUCUCAUCUGAUUCUCAACAAAAAUAGUAAUAAACAGAUCCUAAAAUCCACAGCUGAUCAAGGCUGCGAGGGCUUACACGCUUUAUCUGACUAUAAAGCUAAGUGUUUGUACUUAAAAUCCAACAACCCUUGUGUUGAACAAGGCUAUAUUGACUACCUUUACCUUUUCUAUUGCAAAUUUGGGAACUUUCCCUUUCUGGGAGAUUCCCUUCUUCUCCUAUGGCUUCUUGUGUUGUUCUAUGUUUUGGGUAAUACAGCAUCUGAGUACUUCUGUUCUUCCCUUGAGAGUCUCUCCAAGCUCUUCAAAUUGUCCCCAACAAUAGCUGGGGUUACUCUGCUCUCUCUUGGCAAUGGUGCCCCUGAUGUUUUCUCAAGCCUUGUCUCCUUCAUGGGAGGUGGGACUAGUGAAGUGGGUCUCAACACAGUGUUGGGUGGAGCUUCUUUUGUUUCAUGUGUUGUGGUUGGAGUUAUUAGCAUUGCAGUGAGGAGUAAAUGUGUAAGGGUUAACAAGCACGGUCUUUUUAGGGAUGUUUUCUUCUUAUUGGUUCUUCUUUGUUUAGUUGUGAUUUUGCUUCAGAAAGAGUUAGAUGUUUGGGGUGCAUUGAGCUUUUUCUCCAUUUAUAUUGCUUAUGUAGUUGUGGUUUAUGUAUUGCAUAUUAGAUCCAAUAACAAAGAUAGUGAAUUGAGUGGUGGUGUUGACGCAACUCACAAUGGCAGUGACUUAGCUAUUCCAAUCUUGCAAAAUAUGGAGAAAGGAGAGCUUAAUGCUCCAAUUGAUGAAGAGGAAGAAGGGGAGAGAAGAUGGUUUUGUUUAGAUUCAAAUAGUGAGUCAACACCCUCUUGUGGUGCCUUUCUUUCCAUACUUGAGUUACCUCUUUACCUGCCUAGAAGACUUACCAUUCCUGUGAUUAGUGAAGAAAAUUGGUCAAAAGGGUAUGCAGUGGGUUCAGUAACUCUAUCACCACUACUCCUCUCAACCCUUUGGAGCAGUCAAAUUGAAGAUGGCAAGACAUUGAAGGUUGUGGUGUAUGGAGUUGGGGUGGUGUUUGGGGUAACAUUUGGGAUUGUUUCAUAUCUGACAACUGACAAGUCAAGCCCACCAAGGAGAUGCAUACUGAUUUGGCUAACUGCAGGUUUCUUAAUGAGUGUGACUUGGAGUUAUAUCAUAGCACAAGAAUUGGUUGGUCUAUUGGUAUCAUUAGCCUACAUAUUUGGUGUGAACCCUUCUAUUUUAGGACUCACAGUUCUGGCAUGGGGGAAUUCACUUGGAGAUUUAGUGACCAAUUUGACAAUGGCAUUGAAUGGUGGAGCAGAAGGGGCUCAAAUAGCAUUCUCAGGCUGCUAUGCUGGUCCCAUAUUCAACAUUUUGUUUGGGUUAGGCUUAUCCUUAGUUGGGUAUUGUUGGUCCAAGUACCCUUCACCUGUGCCCAUCCCAAGAGACCCUUCACUUUUCCAAACAAUGGGGUUUUUGGCUGCAGCAUUGAUUUGGGCACUUUUGAUUUUGCCAAGGAAAGAUAUGAGGCUUGAAGGUUUGUUUGGAAUAGGGCUUUUGGUUAUAUACAGUGUUUCUAUUUCUUGGAGUGUCAUUCAAGCUCUUGGAGCUUCCCAAGUAGAUCAUAAUGUCUUUUAGCUACUCUUCUAUGGAAAUUGGAAUUGUAUAGAGAUAUAAAUUUUGGAAUGAUCAUGACUCUUGCUGAUGUAAUUAUAAUUCCACUAACAUAUAUCAAUACACAUGAUUUUUACUCUUCUUUAA